CCUCACCACACCACACACCACUCCAACACAGCUGCUCAGCUUUAGACAUUCCAUCAUCCAUCCAUACUCAACUGCUCUUUGACUCUCUGUCGCUGCGACCUUCGCCGCUUCAUGUGACAGCUCGCAUCUCGCUUUCACCUUGGUCGCGCUUGUAGGUAAAACAGCAGCCGCCCACUCAGCUCGCUCGAGGACAGCGCCAUCCUGUCAAUAUUGACCGCCUGCGCUCCUGCACUCAACUCGGUCAACUGUUCGCCUUCGUACUACACUCUCCGUGUCACCUAGACUAUUCUACACCGGUUCUAGCUAGAGAGGUCGAGUACCACCCAGUCAAACCGGCGCGGUUGCCCAUCUCAGCGCCCUCACUCACGCGCUCUUCUCUGUCUACUGCAUCCAGCCGCGGAAAGUUUCUUUGCUUUAUCGUCGAGUCUGAUCUGGUGCACCUAACCUAAUCAUGGCAGCGAUGGAGGAGUUGGAGACGCUUCUGCAGUCACUACAGGCGCUGAAGCCGCCAGGAGUCACGAAGACCAAGAUUGACGCCAUCACCGCCAAGUGCAUGGAGAACGUCCAGUCCGAUGCGACCGUCGUCCAGAAAAUCGUCCAGCAGUUCAAGAACAGCCCUGCCACACAUAAGCUGGGAGUGCUAUACGUCGUAGAUUCGAUAUCCCGCCAGUGGUUGGAGCGGGCCAAAAAAGCAGGCCAGGCGGUCUCCAAGAACGCUGCACCGGGCACGUUUGCUUCGGGUGUGCAGAAGAUUGCCGAUGUGUUGCCGGCCUUGAUGACCGAUCUCGUCCAGUCUGCGCCGGAGAACCAGAAGGAGAAGAUCUCGAAGCUGCUCGAUAUCUGGGAGCGUGGGCAAACAUUCCCGCCCGAAAUGCUUGCCGGCUUUAAGCAGCAACUAAACAACCCCAAGAACAAUACAUAUACACCUCCCGGUAGUCCACCGAACGUCUCUACUGCUGCGUCCGGCUUCGGUGGGCAGACUAAUUUACAGAGCACAGCUCCCGCGCCAGCGCCAGUGUCAGUUCCACAAGACGCGGGCGCUCUACUUGCUGCGCUUGCGGGCUUCGGACAGCAAAAUGUUCCAGCUAACGCUAUGCCUCCAGCGCCACCAGCGCUUCCAUUCCAGCAGAACAUGAUCCCACCCCCGCCUCCAGGAUUUGCACCGCCUCCGCCGGUCGCGCCCAAUGGACAAUCCGCAAUACAGCUCCCACCUGGCGGACUUAAUGACCUUGCAGCGGCAAUUUUGCAGGCUAUGACUACAGGCGCAAUGCCAGCAGACCAAGGACUUCAAGCACUGACUGCCCUAUAUGCAGCACAAAACGGGGGUGCUCCCCCUCCGCCACCUCAACCUCCAGCUGCAUCGCAAGCACCGCCCGUGGCUCAGAAUGGCAACGAGCAAGAUCGAUAUGAACAGAACGGCAGUAGAUUCCGGGACCGUAGCCGAUCGCCUGACUUCAACCGCCGCCGCCGGUCUCCCAUUCGUAGAUCACCUCCACAUCGUCGCGACAGCCCAACUUACGGUACUUACGAUCCCAAUGCUGCUACCGAAGGGAAUAUGGUAACCCGUCAUGAGCGUGGCGAGCGUGGCCGCGGUCGCGGUAGGAACCGUGGUGGUCGUAAUGAUCGUAAUGAGUACCGUCAGCGUACACCCCCUCCCCCUCGACGACAGCCCAGCCCGGCUAGCAGUGCCUACCGUGGUAGUUCGUCGAAAUUCAUUGAUUGGGAUCAGUCUAUGCCCCGUGACCAUAUCAAGGUUCUCAGUCGCACAUUAUUCGUAGGUGGCGCUGGUGGAACUGAAGAUGAGAUACGAAGUAUCUUCAGCCGGUUCGGUAGAGUUCAGACUUGCAUCGUCAACCAAGACAAACGGCAUGCAUUCGUCAAAAUGUUGACGCGCCCUGACGCCGUUUCCGCCAAGGAGGGUAUGGAUGCCAUUCAGGAUGCUGCGACUCUAGCAAAAGCCCGACAGACUCGAUGGGGCGUCGGCUUUGGUCCUAGGGACUGUAGCGACUACAACACCGGCGUUAGCGUGAUACCGAUCUCUCGACUUACUGAUGCCGAUCGCAAGUGGGUCUUGACAGCGGAGAAUGGCGGCACCGGAGGCCGGCCCCUUGAGGGAGGCAUGGUGAUUGAAGAGCCUGAUAUCGAGAUUGGCGCUGGAGUAUCUUCCAAAGCCAUUAGUCGACGGGUCCCACCGGAUGCUGGACGCGGUGGGCGUGGAGGCUUUGGCGGCCGUGGCGGGUUCGACAACGGACGGUUCCGUAGACAAGACCGUCCUCCAACCCAUGAGCCCCGUCAUAUCUCGCCACGACCUGAACCCGUCGUAGCAGUACCGCCUGCGGUUCCUGGCUUCGGUUUCCAAUUGCCCGGUAUGCCUGGAUUCUAAGCUUACCGACGCCUCAACCCACUUCAUACGUUUUUCCUCCACGGCAGACGCACUGUAGGAUUGCUAGCCAUCGGCCGCAAUCGGCAUUUACCCUACAUCGUCACAUUGAUGCUUCUCGGCUCUCCGGGGCCGAUCUCAUAGCGAAAACAUGAUACCAGGGAUGUUUUAUCUGCGCCUAUUCUACCAAUUCCCUAGGAGGCUGUUCUGGAGCAUAUCUAACAUGGAGACUGAUUUUUUUCCGAACUCCAAUGCAUUGCAUGGCGUAGAGGACGAUAUAAAGGGACAGCGACUCUGAUUUGGAGCCUAGGCUUCUUUCACAUCCCUCGAAUAACUGGGCCUGCACAUGUAUAUUUAUGAUAGUAUCUUCUAAGUUCUAACCUCGACAUCCCAUCCGGCUGUGGGCGUUACAAUGAAAAGCAAUGGCAACUUCAGAAUUA